AUGGCCGCUCCCGGUGACCCUCCCGACGAAGCCCCUCCCUUUGCCAGCGAGAUGGACUUUAUGCAGGUCGAUGGCGACAACAUGUGGCAGGCCGCAGCCUCUGGCCUGUCUGCCGAUCUCAGCUUCUCCCCUUUCCUGACGAGCGGAGCAUUUGGGUCAAAUGGACCGGCCGGUGUCUCCCCAGACCACUCGUCGCCGUCCAUGACAUGGCGUCCCGACGAGUUUAUGCUGAAUCAGGAUUACCAAACGUACAAGGAAGAGUUGCGGUCGCUCAUUUUCAAUACCGCUCAAUCUGCCGCACCGACGCGACAGGGAAGUCCGGCUCCCGAGGAAGUCAAUCUAACUCAUGAACUUCAUCUCGGCGAUGUGCAGAGUCGGAGAGAGACUGCCAAGAUACUGGCCGUCGGCAAGAGGGUAACAUACCUCAAGAAUUAUGUAGAGCAGGUCGCUCCAUGGCUCGACAUGUUUGAUGGCGACCGCGUCUUUGGCAUGCAAAUUUCAUCAUUGGCCCAGGCCUCGCCGCCGUUAUUAUACGCCAUACUAGCACUCUCGGCGCGACAAAUGGAAUGCAAGGAAAAGCGCAAAAAUUCGUUUGAUAGCCUCGAGCUGUACCAGGAGGCCAUCAAGUCUCUGGCGCCUCUCCUUGCUGACAGAGAUGUCAAGAUUAUUCCCAUCUGCGUCGUCCUAUGUUGUCUCGAGAUGAUGUCGGCCAGCGCGCAAGACUGGCGACGCCAUCUUGAAGGUUGCGCUGCGCUGUUCACCACCUUUGGUGUUCACGGCUUCAGCGGUGGGAUGCUGCAGGCAGUAUUUUGGUGCUAUACAAGAAUGGAUGUAUGCGGCGCACUGAUUUCUGAUGGCACACAAAGCACAUUGCUCGACCCGGCAAAGUGGCUGCCGGCGGGUACUGAGCCUCAUGAGGCGCGGGCACUUUUCCAAACUUCUGAAAGGCCUGAUAUGCACGCAAAUUAUGCCGUCUGGUUAUGCGCUAAAACCUGCGAGCUUAUUGCAGACCGAACUCGUUUCAUCGAGCUGGGCGAACAAAAUGGAUGCACGGGAGAGGCUUUCACCACUCGUUGGGUAGCGCUAUGGGACGAGCUCCAGAGCUGGCUCAAUCAUCGACCAAAAGAGUUCCUCCCCGUCAAAACUGUCGACACCAAGCCCUUCCCACAUAUAUUAUUCGUCCACUGGGCAGCCAUAUCAUCUACUCAAUUACAUCACACAGCAUGUAUACUCAUGCUUAGCUCCAUGCCCAAACCUCUCAAGCUCACCAUGAACCUUGGCACGACCGGCUCAACGCUGUGGCAUGCCAAAAGAAUAUGCGGCAUCACCCUAGCCAACCCGCAUCAUGGGUGCAUUAAUAAUGCGAUACAGCCCCUUUGGCUUGCCGGUCGACUGCUGAGCCACCGAUCGGAGCACGAGAUCGUCGUACGGCUGAUUUGGAAUAUCGAAGCAACCACCGGAUGGGGCUCCUGUUGGCGUAUACCGGAUCUUGAGUCUGCGUGGGGAUACAAGGUGAAGAGACAUGGAGUAUCGAAUGCAGCCCGAUAG